AUGGCGAGAGAGUCCACGGCGAGCGAAAUCUUCCGCCGUCGCCUGAUGAUCGAUGGUGUCGACCGGAAAGACGCCAAAGACAACCAGUCCGCGGCGCUGGAUCACCUCCACGAUUACUACAAGAAGGCGCUCCAUCGACUACCGCCCAAGCUGAUCCCGAGCCUCCUCGAGGCCGGCUUCAGCUUCGGUUUCCUCGACCCCGUCUCCAACAUCAUCGCCAACACCGUCUCCCAAGAGCUACAAAAGAGUAGGAAGAGGAAGAGAUCACGGGCCGGCAGCUACACCAACACAAAGAAGGGGAAGGAAAAGAAGCAUUCGCAGGGACUGAGGGACACGGCCAUCUCCAAGAUCAUCACAGAGUCUAGCAAAGACAUCUUACUCGUACCCCGGUUCACCACACUCCGGAACAGCAGCAUUGCUGCCCGAUCUCUUGCCGGCCUCGUUACUUUCCUCACCUCCUACUUCCGCUACCUUACCACCUGUGAUGCCCUCCGCUACCUGCGUUUGUCAGAAGCCGACCUUCUCGUCGCUGUGCGUCUCAUCCACGAAGAUCGUGACAUCCACACCUUCACCAUCCACGUCCCUACUGCAAAAAUAGCUCUGCAAUGUGCUGCCAUCUCCGCGUUGCAUCCCACUGUCGCCAUAUUGGUGUCUCGAUCCUUCUCGCUGGCUUCCUGUGUGGACAAGGCCUCCAACCUUCUAGCGACACAGGACUGCAUCAGCUAUUCCAAUAUAAUGGAACUCUCCAAGUUAUUCACCUCCAGCAAGGAUACGAUAAACCAAUUGAAUCAUGUACAUCACGCAGUUUCAAAGAUGCAACGCAGAAAAAGGAAGACUAUUCUGGUUGAGCUUGGGCUAGAAAUCUCUCUCAAGAUGGUGCUUCUUGAUCGAAUCCAUCUGUUCUACCUCAAGGCGAUUUCCUGCAUACCAAAGAAUGACUUGUGCUCACGCCACCACCGUGGUCUCCUUAAGGCUGGCCACUGCUACGGUCCUUUCGAUCCUGUGACCAACAUCAUCCUCAACACCAUUUGGUAUGACACCAUGUUUCCUCCAAGUCAAGAGUUUGAGGUUGAAAUGAUCUGCACAAAGAGCCUCGCGCGCACCGAGUUCCUCUCCCUAUGUGGUCUUGUUGGCUACAUCUGUGCCUGCUUCCCUGCUUAUUCUGUAUAUGAAGCUAUGAAGUGCCUGCUUCUCUGCAACGCCAGAAUUGAUCGGGUCAUUGAUGAAACAGCAAAAGAACAAGGUCACGAUGGACACAUCCCUUUUUCUGAAUCUUUUGCGUAUGAUACAGCAGCUCGCACAGCACGUCAUCCCAGCCCUACUGCACUCGUAGAAUUUGCAAUGACACUGAUGCCACAGGUAGGGAAAACCCUUCAGUCAACACUUGAGAUUAAGCAGGUCCUCUCUUCCAGUGAUGUUUGUGCGAUAUCUAGAACUUUUUCACAAACAUUACCGCCUGCCAAAUCUUUGGAGCCGGUUGAGAAAUUGAGCGAGAAUGCCUCCAAGAUUAUAUCUGAGCACCAGGAUAACUUUAAGGCUUGCCAGAGUACAACUGUCAAAAAAGCUGAAGCUGCAUUACACAGAUAUGCAAAAAAGACGGGACAGGAAUACGAGCUUCAUUUUAUCUGUGAUGUGAAUUCUACAAUACCUGAGCAUGGCGCAUGCUACUGCCCGCACAGCUACAAAUACCCAUUUGCUCACAUGAAUGUCUGGGCAAGACGAAGAGGUUCCCAGAACGUUGAUCAAGUUCCAACGCUCUUCUUCAUCCAGUUUAACAAUAGGGAUGAAGACAUGGAAAGUGUGGCAUUUUUGUGCUGUCCUAUAUUUGAUCUAUCAAAAGAUGCUGAGGAUAAUGCCCAACUCAUUUGA